AUGGAAAAACCAGAAAGCGAUGGCAUUGCAAUUAUUUCAGGCUCAACAUCAGCUGAUGGCCAACAAGACCCAGCUGUACAAAAACGGCAACUGGAAAAUUUUAUCAAGGUUCCUUAUCUUCAUGUGUCUCGCAUAUUUUCAUAUUCCUCUAGAAUAUUGUAACUACAGUAUUUCUUAACCUGUAACUUUUUGCAGUGGACAGUUAAGAUUCCGCCAGGAAAUGAAGACGUAGUUAAAACGUUCAUUCUAGACCAUGGAGGCAUAAUAAGUGAUGGUAAGCUUUCCUGUACAUGCAUGUAAUCUUUGUCAAAUCUCGGUCCGGGGUCUCCGUUUAAAUGGAAAACCUCUCUUUUGUUAUUAACAAGAAACCUGUGAGGAAGAUUUUCAAGAUAGCCAGACAACGCCUUCGAUACCUCCCCGUCUUUUGGCCGAAAAGAUAACAAGUUGGUUGGCGGAAAAUGGAGUUUCCCAAACGGUCUUUGCCAAGCUCUACAUGGAGAGAUCGCAGGGUACAGUGUCCGUUUACUUAAACAAUCCUCCAAAGGAAGUACCGCCAGGGCUGGGGAAAGCCCCAUGGGUCAUGAUGGAUCGAUUUAUGAACUGUUCUGAUGUGAGGGAUGAAUUUUUCAAAAAAGCAACAGGUAAG